AUCCAGAAACCUCUCGCUAGGGGUUCCCUAGCUUGGGAGAAACUUCCUCCACCACAGAGGUGGGGGUGGGUAAAUCUUUAACUACCUGGCCCAGCGCAGGCCAGAGCCUUUCCGGAUGGAUGGCGGCCUGGGAAGGGGGGAUGGGUGUGGGGGAUGUAAGGUGUGUAUAGUUAGUCCUAGCGUGGUGAAGGGAGGGUAGUGGGGAGGAAAAGGAACGAAAUCGGGCGGGGCUAACUCCGUGUGCACAGCAGGACAUGGAGGAACGCGGAUCCCCUGAUGGGUAAGCAGAGAUUCUGGGAGAUUCAAAGAGCCGCUGGGCGCCGGGAUGGUUAACUCACCUUGCUGCCACAGGGACCCUGAGUGGAGCCUGGAGCAGGGGCCAGAGGGGCCGGAAACGCCCAUCCAGGUGGUGCUCAGGGUGCGUCCCAUGAGCGCGGCCGAGCUGCGUCGAGGGGAACAGAGCGCGCUGCACUGCUCAGGUUCCAGGACUCUGCAGGUGAGCCCCCCGGGCGGGGGUCCCGAUGUAGCUUUCCGCUUCGGCGCGGUGCUGGACGGGGCGUGCACGCAGGAGGACGUGUUCCGGGCUUGCGGUGUGCGGCGUCUUGGGGAGCUGGCGCUGCGCGGCUUCUCCUGCACCGUCUUCACCUUCGGCCAGACCGGCUCCGGGAAGACCUACACCUUGACCGGGCCUUCUCCCCAGGGAGAGGGGGUGCCUGUACCCCCCAGCCGGGGCGGCAUCAUGCAGAGGACCUUCGCCUGGCUGUUGGACCGUGUGCAGCACCUGGGCACCCCCGUCACCCUCCAUGCCUCCUACCUGGAGAUCUACAAUGAGCAGGUUCGAGACUUGCUGAGCCUGGGGUCUCCCCGGCCCCUCCCUGUUCGCUGGAACAAGACUCGGGGCUUCUAUGUGGAGCAGCUGCGGGUGGUGGAGUUUGGGAGUCUGGGGGCUCUGAUGGAACUUCUGCAAAUGGGUCUUAGCCGUCGAAGGAGCUCAGCUCACACCCUGAACCAGGCCUCCAGCCGAAGCCAUGCCCUGCUCACACUCUAUAUCAGCCGCCAGACUCAGAUGCCUCCUGUGGAUCCCGGGGACCCUGCUGGGGGGAAGCUGUGCUUUGUAGACCUGGCCGGCAGUGAGAAGGUGGCGGCCACAGGAUCCCGCGGGGAUCUGAUGCUUGAGGCCAACAGCAUCAAUCGCAGCCUGCUGGCCCUGGGUCACUGCAUCUCCCUGCUGCUGGACCCACAGCGGAAGCAAAGCCACAUCCCCUUUCGAGACAGCAAGCUCACCAAGCUGCUGGCGGACUCACUGGGGGGGCGCGGGGUCACUCUCAUGGUGGCCUGCGUGUCCCCCUCAGCCCAGUGCCUUCCUGAGACUCUCAGUACCUUGCGAUAUGCCAGCCGAGCUCAGCGGGUCACUACUCGGCCACAGGCCCCCAAGUCCCCUAUGGCAAAGCAACCCCAGCAUUUGGAGACUAAGAUAUUGCAACUCCAGGAGGAGAACCAUCUCCUACGGUCCCGACUGAGCCAAAUGAACCUCAAGGUCUCCGGACUCAGUGGGCCCCGGGUGGCCUGGGCCCAGCGGAAUCUCUAUGGGAUGCUCCAGGAGUUCAUGCUGGAGAAUGAGAGGCUCAGGAAAGAAAAGAGCCAGCUGCAGAGUAGCUGGGACCUGGCCCGGGAUGAGCAGCGCGUCCUGGCCCAGCAGGUCCAUGAAUUGGAGCGGCGCCUCCUUUCUGCCUGCUACCUCCACCAGCCGGGCCUUGGCCCAGCCCCACCAUGUCCCUGUGUGAUGGUGCCAGCUCCCUCCUGUCAUGCACUGCCACCCCUCUGCUCCUGCCCCUGUUUCCGCCUCUGCCCCCUGUGCCGAGCCCCGCCGGCCCACUGGGCCUGCACACGGAGGGAGCUCCAGCUGCCCCAGGUGUUUGGCUCUAAGGCCCCAGAUGGCAUGACCCUGUCUGCUCGGCCCCCACCCUGGGCACCCCCAUGUAGCCCCGGCUCUGCCAAGUGCCCAAGAGAGAGGAGCCACAGCGACUGGACUCAGACCCGAGUCCUGGCAGAGAUGCUGACCGAAGAGGAGGUGGUACCCUCUGCACCUCCCCUGCCUGUGGCGCCCCCGAACACAUCACCAGUGCUGAGAGGAGGGGGCACAGUUCCAAACCUGGCCCGGAGACUGGAGGCCCUCAGAGACCAGAUUGGCAGUUCCCUGCGACGUCGCCAGAACCUGCCCCCCCACAGCGAGGGCUCACGAAGCCCCAGCUGAGUCCUUCCUCCCCACUGAGGGCAAAACAGAAACCCAGGAACCACUGUGUGACCUUGGGCUGGACUCUGCACUCUGGGAUUCCAGUCUCCUCAUCUGAUAAAUGGGGAUAGCAGCUACUGCUCCUCUGUAGCCGGGCUGGGCAAGGACAGUUCCUGAGAGCUAGUGGGGAGGGGCUAGAGGGCAAUUUGGGGGAGCAAAGGGAGGGUGCCACUCCAGACUAUGAGAAAUGAGACCAGAUUCAGGGGAAACCAGAAGCAGGUGAUGAAAUAU